AUGACAGAGCUUUCACCUCGCGAUGGCUCUAUCAGCUCAAGCGCUUCAGGAGGAGGAGCAACAGCGGGAUUCCUCUCCAAAUUGACCAGAUCUCCCUCACGCAGGCACAAGCCCUUUGGAUCUAAUAGUUCCAUCGAUGCGACCCUGUCCCCUCCACACUCAGGAGCACCCCGACCAGGAUAUCAACGGACGACAACUGCGCCUGCGGCACCCGCAACCCUGAAUUCCAUCAGAGCAGAUCCUGCUCUUGGGAGGAACAGUGAUGUGAGCGGCCAGGCUUCGGGCGACAACAUGGCGCUUCCCCUUUUUGUUCCACCCCUCACUAAUGGCUCGAUCGACGGACGAUUGCCAAUGCGAAGAAUUGGCAGCAAAGAUGCCACGAAUGAAUCGCCUGCAACAACCAAAGGGGACUUGGACGUCGCAUCUGCUUUGGCAAUCAACGGUCUGCUUCCAACGACCGUGGUUUCGGGGGUCACAAAUACCAGCGCAGUCUAUGCACACAUACAAGAGUUGGCAAACAAGAGGAUAGCCACGUUGGAUUACUUGCGUAAGGCGCAUGAAGGAAGAUCAUUCUGGUUCAAUACAAUCCAGUUCACCGAAGCGGACAUCGCCAAAUUACCAUCGUAUACUCCCAGUCGCCUGUCACGGCGAGCCGUGAACUACAUGAUACUGGGCAUGUCUCUUCCCACCAUUUUCGAUCUCCAUCCGCCACAAAAUGGCUCUAGCGCAAAUGCAGCCGUUGCGCAAGAUUUCUUGAAGAGUCUGAACACUCUGUUGACCGAAUUCGAGUCCUUUCAACAACUACACCCCCCAGAUGGGAGCACGGCGAGUUCCUUGAGUCGAGCGAGAAUUCCGCAGAUGUUCAAGAGAGCCGCAACGACCUCAAGACCACGCAAAUCAAGCGGCCCAGUGACUGACAUCGGGCUGCCAAUGCUGCCGCACUCGUCAUCUCCGCCAAACAUGCCAGAAGUUGGACAUCACGGCCCACAGCCAUCGAUUGAUGCUACAACAAGCAGUGCAUCUUUCAUUUCGACGGCUAGCACACUGGUGACACCGUCCCCGUCAGGGGCACUGUCCUCGGCCACUUUUCCUACCCUUUCGUCUUUUCCAGCGCCGGCGCCCUCUGAUUCCCCUAAUUCAACCCUCCUGCCAAACGAAGGUCCUUACACAUAUCUUCAGACACCGCCUUUACCAUUUAUCCCGGACUUCUUCACAGUCUUUGCGACGCUAUGCGACGUCCUCAUAGACACAUACCAGAGGUUGCUUCAGAUAUUGACAGGGCCAUCCGUCUGUACCCCCCUGCUUGGUGACCUCUUCACCAAAGUCGAUGGGCGAAUCCGCAAAGUCGUGGUGUCUUCAAUUGUACGAGAGUUCGAGAACACCACACGAGAGAGUGCGAAGAGAGAAAUGAUGGGCCUGCAGAAGGUCGUCUUGGGAGGACUCAUGGCAUGA